AUGUACACAACGGCCAAUUGUGAACGACUUCCCGAAUGGCACAUACAAGUGGCUCAACAACAGGGGCCCAACACUUGUGCCGUCGAAGAAGUACAGGAACUGAGACGAGAACUUUGGACAGAAUGUAAAUAUUGGUUGAGACGCGAUGUUUGCGGAUAUCAACCUGUUAUUCGUUACGUUUGUUGCGAAGGCUAUACAAGAAAUAGCACUCAAUUUGGUUGUCCACAAGUAAAACCAUUGAAAAAUCUGUGGCAAACGGCCCGCGAUUUGGGAGCAACUGAUUUCAUGAGAUACUCAUUAGAUUCACAAAUAGGCUUUGAUUUGAUUCAAACUCAUUCACCGCUCACUCUAUUCAUACCGACUAAUGAAGCCUUUCGGAAACUGAGAGGAAUUUCUAAAAGAAUUUUCGAGGCCGACAUCAGAGGCACUCUUAUGUAUCACAUAAUAGCCGGACGUUUGCCAAUGGGUGACACCGACGGCGACCACACACUGCAGACACUACUCGGAGGACAGACCCUUCAAAUCACAAAAUACUCAAAGAAUGUGUUUUAUGCCAAUUGUUUAGCAAUCAUUCAUAAAAACAUAAUCACAACCAAUGGUAUUAUACACUUAAUCGAUGGCGUAUUGAUUCCGUCCAAGAAUUGGCCCUUAAAGCCAGUAUUAAACACAGUUCUCAAUGACAGCAGAUUUAAACAGUUGUCGCGAUAUAUAAAUGAAACCUAUUUUGCGGAUGAGAUGCGGGAAAUGUAUGGCAACACUGACUACACUAUGUUUGCGCCGAACGACAGAGCGUUUCGUAAGCUAUCGCCUAAAUAUCUCAACCGAAUCGCAUCCAAACCAUCCCUUAUUACAGCACUUCUUAGGAAUCAUAUAACACCUCAUACUAUAUGUCCGCACGCGUUGAUAGCAGACCAUACAAUUAAGACCAUUGACGGCAAUGAUAUGAUCGUUAGCUGUAAUGGUAACGAUAGAUACAUCAAUGGAGUCCAUAUGAAUGGACAAAUGUUAGGCGCUGCCAAUGGUGUCAUCAAUGUUGUCGAUGAGGUCCUUAUACCCGAUUCAGUGAAGAGUUUAUACGAAUUGGUGGACAAAAGGCAACAAUUGAGUUCAUUUAAGCGCACUUUAGACAAGUGCCCCGAAGAAGUGCUUGUGUUGGAAGAAUCAAACCGAGCGUACAGUUUGUUUGCGCCAAACAAUUAUGCGUUUGAAAAACUAAAAUCAUAUCAAUUGGGAAACAUUUUAGAUAAUUGCCGACUAUUUGUCGAAAGCCAUUUGAUUCCUUACAGACUCACUACCAAAUCAAUUACCAAUAAUAAGACAAUUUACACGUUAGCAAAGAAUCGCUUCAUUAAUUGCACCAUUACUGCAAAGGGAAUUUCAGUUAAUUCAGCGCUAAUUAAAGAAUACGAUAUCGAAGGAGCGAAUGGUGUUUUGCAUAUCAUCGAUGAAGUGCUUAUAAUACCAUAG